AACGAAAACGAAAGCAAAAGCACGUCACAUACACACAGCAGACUUCGAAAAUAACCUCAGCAAGUCAUCCCCUUUUCAAAGUUGGUUUGUACUCGUCCGGAUGCCAAAAUCACAGAACUUUGGAAAGCGCAGGCUUUGCUGCCGCACACAUUCAAUGCGUUUCUGCCGAGCGUUUAUAGCAAUGACCCCUGAAGAGCGAUACGAGUCGGCCAAGGCGCAUCGUUAUUGCCUUCACGGUUUAGCGACAUUUCACACCACGGGAGCCUGUGAUAGCCCCGAUAGCUGCCGCCGUUGCGGCCUAGGUCACCAUACGAUGCUUCAUCGGUCAGGACAUGACGGUCGCGAGGGCCAACCGAGAACGCUGAAGGUCACUUUCCGACCUGGUAACACUCGGCGCACCAAACAACCAUCAAAGGCGACGCAACAACCAAGAAGCGCCAAAUCACCAAGAUUGAUAGCUCGACAGUCUGCUCGAAGGACCGUCUCCCGUAAUCCACCUGCCGUGCAACAAAGGAUUCGCGGGUUGGUGAAAAGAGCCCGCGAAACACUGAAGCAGCUUGAAGACCUUGUCGAGGUAUCGUCGCCGCAGGCCCGCCGGCAUGUUGAACACAUGGAUGAGGAUGACCUCAUCAUCCUAUAAUAAUAUAUAUAUAUUAAGAACAUAUACUUUUAAUCAUAUGAAUUACGAAUAACAUAACCAAUAAAAUGUUAAUUAAAUGAAUAUGAAUCAUCCCCUAAAUACUUACCCGAAUACUUACCU